AAAGAGCAGGAGAAGAGAUGGUUCAGUUCUGAGGACGCAGCAGAGGAGCUGAAGACGGAUCAUCAUGAGGAUGGAGCUUUUAUCCAGGAUGAAGGCUGCUGGGGUCGUUACGCUGACGAUGAUGAUGAUCAGCCUUCAUCAGAUUUAUUCUUCUUCUGCUCAGGAGUGUCCACCCACUCAUGAUCUGCUGAACUCGCUGCGGCAGGUGGAGAAGAUGCUGGCGGUCCAUGAGACGUCCUACCAGCAGGGCCUGCGCUCCCUAAAGAAGAAGAUUAGCGCCCUGCACAACAGCACCAUGGCCGUCUUUAAAAUAGCAUCCUGCCCCAAACCGGAUCCCCCCGCUCACGGCCGCAGACUGGGCAGGGUGUUUGGCAUCGGACACGAGGUCCACUUCCUGUGCAAGUCCGGCUAUGAGCUGAUUGGUCCUCGAACCCGAGUGUGUCUGGAGUCUCUGAAGUGGAGCGGUCAGCAGCCCAUGUGCAGACGCCUCAACAGCACGGCCAUCUCCCUCCCCUCCUUUUCUCCCGCUUCUCCCUCCUCCUCCGCCUCCUCUUCGUCAUCGUUUCCUGCUUCUGCUGCUCUGUCAGCAUCCUCUUCAGCAACUUCGCUUUCUCACCAAUCGCCCACGUCAUCCUCUCCCUCCUCUUCAGUACGACCCUCUCACUGCACACACUUCCUGGAAUCCACCCGCUGCACCUGUGACGUAGGCUUCACCAUAUCAGGCCGUGACAACAACAUCUGCACAGAUAUCGACGAGUGCCAUCUGUUUCCCCUCGGUCAGCCUGGCCGGCUCUGCGUCCAUCAGUGCGUGAACACACCCGGCAGCUUCCACUGCAUCUGUCCGUCCGGGUACGACCUGACCAGAGACGGCCGCGGCUGCGCAGACAUUGACGAGUGUGAAAACCGGAUGCACAACUGCACAGCGGACCAGCUGUGUGUGAACACCUACGGAGGUUUCCAGUGCGUGACGGUGGAGUGUCCUCGCAUGAAAAACGCCACGUACAUCAAAACGUCGUCCAUGCGGUGUGAGAGGAACCCGUGCAUGCUGGGAGACAAGCAAUGCUCUCAGGCACCAAACUCCAUCUCCUUCCACUUCCUCUCUGUAGUGUCCAACAUGUCCGCCCCGCGCAUCCUCUUCCGGGUGUCUGCCGCUCGCGUGCUGGGCGACACGCUGCGAUUCGGCCUCGCCGGCGGACGCGGCCGGGGCCACUUUGGCGUGCAGCGCUCGGGCAGACAGACGGGCACCCUCCUCCUGGUGACGCCCAUCAAGGGGCCGGCCGCGCUAGAAGCCGAGGUGGAGAUGAGCGAGCUGGAGGACAACACCCUGCUGGGCCGCUACCUCACCAAGGUCACCCUGUUCGUGUCUCCGUACGAGUUUUAGAAAGGAAGUGAUGACGGUUACCCGGGGUUUGUAGAAGGAGAUGAGCUGAACUCUGACUGUACUGAUGAAGACGUUUCAGGGCAGGAUGAAGAGUGGACGUGGAACCACUGAGUGUUUUUGACCUCGUUGUAGGCGACUGUAAUUUUCUAGUUCUUUUCAAAAAUAUGAGUUUUGUAUAUAGAGCAUAACAUAGCCAGAUUCAGGAAGACCUAAUAUUAAGUAUUUAGGAUUUUGAAGUGGGCCUGCUCUGCCUUACAUCAUUUUCUUGACAUAUAUAUGUGUAAUAUGAUGUUUUUGAACACAACCAGAUAA